ACGACCGCACCCCCAGAGACGACCGCACCCCCUGCAGAUGCCCCUACUUCUUCCGAGGCACCCCCAGCUCCCUCUCCCACCACCAGCAGUGACCCUGAUGACACCGAUGGGUUGAUUUCCAGCCUCCUUAGCACUGAUCUCUUGGGCUUGCUGGGUGGUCUUCGCACAGCCAACGCUGCGACUCAUCGCGUUACACACAGUCUCGCCGAUCACCUGGGACCCAAGGCCGUGGAACCUAUGGGACCUAAGCAAAUGGGACCUGCGACUCAGCGCGUUGCCCACAGUUUCGCCGACCACCUAGGACCUAAGGCCGAGGGACCUAAGCAACUAGAUGCUGCGAAUCAUCGCGCUACCCACAGUUUCGCCGAUCACCUAGGAUCUAAGGCCGAGGGACCUAAGCAGUUAGACGCUGCGACUCAUCGCUUUGCCCACAGUGUCGCCGAUCACCUGGGACCUAAGGCUGUGGGACGUAUGGGUCCUAAGCAAAUAGGACCUCAAAGGAUGGAACUUCAGAAGAUGGGCCCUAAUCAUAAUCUACGACGUGCUCUGCGUAACCGCGCUUAG